CGCCCUCGGAACAUGAUGAGCCUUGGGGCUGUGGACAAAAGCUUUCAGGAAAACCUUGAAAGAAAUCCGUUCUCUGCCUAAACGUCGAAUUCUGUGCUUGCUCGCUUGAUUCAUGUUGGUCCGUAUGAUCCAAGGAGAUUUCCGUGUCAUGCGAAAACGACGCCAAAACCUAACCACACAUGUGCCCUGUGGUUUGACCUCAAGCACUUCAUUGCUUCCAUGGCUUCAGGUCCCCGCUGCAAGGUUUCAAAUCUGAAGUUGACAUCGGCAAGAUCCGUUGAGGCGCAUUCUCAAGAAUGCUUGUCAAGCUUAUGCAUGCCCCAGCUUUAGGCCUCACCAAGUUGACACCCAGUUAAUCAGUCGACAAAGUCGUCCGAGCUGCACGAAGCAUCUGGACCUCCGCUAACAGCGUCUAGUUUCAUUUAUCCCUAGGAAAAUCACAUUUUUCUUGUCGUAGAAGUCUAAAGAUUACGACGGGACUUGUAAAAGGCUUAUAACUACGUAGCUCUGAACAUUUCAUAUCGUUAGCCUCGACGGCAAGGAAUUCUUCGAACCGAGAUACUGGCCCCCAUCCGACCUUUUCGAUUCACAUCACAUAGCUGCGUUUGCAAGCUCGUAUAUUGUUCUUGGCUUCAGCUUUUGACUGGCCUGUUAACUCGUACGAUAGUAGAUUGUUAUCUUCUCGACUGUGACGAUGGCACGAAAUACCUUCCAUCCUGGACAGUCAAGUUUGGUUGGUUAUCUGGAGAUAUGUGGCUUGGAAUGUGAUCCGUGACUUGCGAUGACUUGUGAGGUCCCUCAGCAUUGAAAAUGAGAUGGUUUCUGGCUUUCGUUAAGUUUGAACGAUAUUCUGAUCGCUAAGAACACAAAGAUCCUUUCGCCCGUGGUUCAACUGGUGAUCUCCUUAUAGAUUGUUCACCCUACCUACCAAGCAUGAAGUUGCUUCAGAUCUUUGAAUUGGCACUCACGCUCAGAUGGACUCUCGCGCUCGAAAUUGUUGCAGCACCUAAACCUGGAAAGAUCGAUGGCAACCCGUACAAACCUCCUGCAAAAACGCUAGAGGGAUACACGCCCAAGACAGUAGAGUAUCAGCCAAAAGAGACUCAAGUAUGCGACUUGCCGGGGAUCGACUGCACUUCGAUCUUGUCAGCCCUCUUUGAUUCAGCAAGCUCGACAAGUGACAUUGGAUGCGCCACCACAGACGCAGCGUGCCUCAACUGUGGUUUAGCAUACGAGAGCCAGUCAGCGGCCCUUUUCUACGAUCCCAAUCUGUUUAGCAGCUCCUAUGAGUACCAGGCAGCUGCUUUGUGCUACCAAGUAGACGACACGAGUUCUAGUUCCCUCAUAUGGGCGCCGGGAUACUACGAUGCGCCAUACAGCUAUUGCUACUCGUACUGGUCUUCAGCAGGCUACUACACGUCCGCUUACUGGGCUAGUUACUAUCAAGGGUUUUGCUCGGCGAUGGGCAAUGUACUCGAUGUGUCCAGUACGAAUACAGACGGGCCGACAAUCGUUGCCGCUCAGGCAACGGGGCUCAGUUCCCUCGCAUCUUCGCCAUCGGUCGCCAGCUCAAGUGCAUCAGUUGCUGUGGGACCUGAUGUGGGCAAUUUAGCUGCAUGGACGUUCGCCGUGUUUGGCGUUACCACAUUUGCGGCAGCCAUCCUUCUUUGAGUGUUUUUCAGAGGGCUUUCUUUCGACGAACCACGCUCGCUGUUUUGAAACACAAUCGGCUAUUCUCUACCUUUUCGAUUCUCAUUUUCAUCUCUAUUUGUCUAUUUCGGCAGGCACGGGUACAGUGAAGAUAGUCCCUGAUGGGGGAACAGGUUAUUCUGCGGGGUUAUUCCACGGUAUAGUCUCACAGGCCGUGCUAAUCCAACACAAUCACUAGUGAUGUCUUGAUUUUGAAAAUUCACGACAAC